AUGGAGCCUCUGAAUGCUGUGUCACUUGCUUCAGCCGUCAUACAGCUUGUCGAAUAUUCUGCCAAAGUGCUACGCAAGGGUAAGGUGGGUGGUAUACACAUAUCUGCUGCCAAUACCCUAGGGGAAGCUACACUGCUCGAUGACGCAAUAGCUAAUCUCAGCGACUUAUUGCAACAACUUGGAAAGACACAGCACGUAUUGCAUAAUAACAAUUCCCCUCUUGUUCAGUACACGGCAGAUGCGCAACUUAUCGCAGCGGCGAAAGAUGGUGCGGGAGUGGCGAAGAUCUUACAGGCCACACUGGAUCAAGCGAAGCGCAACAAUGACGUGGACGAACAGACUGUACUUAUUCAAGGACUACGCAGCGUCUUGAACUUGUACUAUAGUCAGAAGACGAUAUCGGCUCUCCUAGACAGACUCAGUUCAAUUCGCAAGCAAGUAGAUAUCUCUCUGCUCACCUCGCUCCGACAAAACAUCUCACAAUGCAGUCAAGAUCAUCCGGAAAAAAUAUGGUUCCCCGGGGACGAGGCCUCAGACUCCCACGCACUACUACUUGACGGCAUCAAGCAUCAUGAUUGGAAGCCUACGAAAACCGCUGAUGUCUCUGCGUUUUCGGAUAGUUUGAAGGACUUCGUGGUAAACGGCGAUGUGGAAAGUCGCUUUGUCAGCUUCAUAUUGGCACGCUUGUAUUUCACAGGACUCUCUGAUCGUUACAAGGUAAUUUCUUAUAUCACGGCUUCGUUUGAGGGCGAUGAACUGUAUGCAAAGCUCAGCAAAUUGAACCCCGGCUCUGCUACCAACGUCGUCAACGAUGUAGCCAAGAAGGCAGCUGGCAUAUUUCUCUGGGCAUAUAUCGCGGUGCACUUAUUGCUUAGUGGACUGUCAACUACAACGCGCAUAUAUAAUGUCACUGCUCGACUGGACGCCCUCCCAUCUGGACUAGAGCAACUUUUCACAAAACUCCUUGGCAGUUUGAACACAGUAGAAUUGAAGCACGCCUGCCAACUUCUCCGUUUGGUAAGCAUGAAAACACGGCCGUCCUUACUGGAACUCUGGUUUGCAGACUGUGAGAAUGACGACCCGGCGCUGAGGAACGUGGCUCGACCGUUGACUGAGAAUGAGAUUGUGGAGCGUCUCAAAACGAUGAAAAGUCAACUCAACUCUCGAUGUAGGGGUCUGUUGGAAGUGGAAAGCUCGCACAAUAGAUCCAGCGCUGUACCAUCAAAAGCUUCUCACGUCACCUGGACCCACCGCAUAGCAAAAGACUUCGUUCGAUCUCAGCGCGUAUGGAAUAUUGUCCUCGAUAACACCGGACACGAUGCUUUCGAUCCACAAUGGCACUGGGCCAACGGCCAACUAGGUCUAUUCAAAACACUCGCCGGAACCACCCGCACCAAAGCUUUCCACUUCACACACUGCAUCGAAUACGCGAUACGCGUAGAACAUCGGCUCAAAAUCUGCCCGGUCAAGUUUCUAGACGAAGUCGGACGUACCACAGCGACCUAUCCGAACGUAUUCGAUGACGUUGUGCCCCGAAAACUCAGAACCAGUGUCAACAGUUUCCUUGAGUUCGCGGUGCUGUUUAAUUUUGCGAGUUAUGUUCGUACCAAAGGCGUCACUGUACCAAGAGAGGAUUUGCUGCAUGCUUCUCGCUUACUGGGCUUGUUGGACGCAAAGCAAUGGGAAGGUUUUGCAAAGCGUUUGGACACCCCGGCGGACUCGAACGUGGGGUUUGAGGAAAGGAAAAGAGAGACGAAACGUGUGGUGGAUCUUUUGCUUGAUCGCCGAGAUAGUGAAUCGGGUUGGCAGAGGGCUAAGAAGCGGCUUUCUGGGCAGAGGAAGACGUGA